GCGACCGGUAAGAAAUAGUCACUCUCAGCGUCUAAAACCCAACCGCUCAUUGACGGCUGAGGGGAUUGCAUCGUCAAAACGUCUCCUAAGCAGCAUCUGAAAGCUGCGUUCCGACUCUAUCAUGCCGUCCGCAACCAUGCCGCCCGAGGUGGAUAUUAAAGUCACGACGACAGAGCGCGUGUUUCCUCAAACGCCAACGCAGCAUGAACAGGCAGUUCCUCUGUCGCUGCUGGACGCGACCACCGCUAAAUUUGCUCUCACAAACGCUGUAUGGCUCUUCGAGCCCCUCAAUGAGAAGGAUGUGCUGGACGUCGCCGAGCACCUUCGCCAAACACUCAGCACUGCGCUUACUUCGUAUCCUCAAUGGGCCGGCCAGCUGAAGUCCAUCACUGUUGUUGACGAUGCGUCGGUUCCCGUUGAAGCCAAAGAAUUCCCAGCCCACGCCCGUCGCUUCGGCCGCGUGUACACGCACUUCGGGGCCUCCGCAGACGUCGGCGUGGAGUUCAUCUCAGCAACAAGCUCUGCCACCACGGAGUCACUCUACCAAACAGAGCGCAUCGAGACGCAACCACUUUGGGACCGCAAAGACGACAAUCUCGGUAAAUUUGUGCCUUCUGUCGACAUUGCGCAGGCUCUACAACCCAACGAGCCUGAUGCCGCGACGGGAUUGCGCAAGCCGAUCAUGGCUAUCCAAUGCACCACGUUGUCAGAUGGUGGCUUUGUCCUCGCUGUCAAGACAGCGCAUCCUCUCGCGGACAUCGCGGGCCUCAUCCGCUUCAUCAAGGACUGGGCGAGUGUGAGCAGUGCCGUCAUCAAGGGCUUGACAGCCCCAGUCCUGACUCCCGAAUUUAAGCCGGCGCGGUUGGACAAUCUUGCUGCGGGAGACAUCAACGCCGAGGAGCCGGACCCGGCCAUCAUCAGACGAACGGAACGUUUGCCCUUGCACAGGUAUGAUUGGUGGGCUGCGCCGGGGAAGCCUCCCGCACCAUUCCUCGAUGCGGCCAAACUGGUGCCCCCGGCAGGCAAGCCUAUGCCAUGGGUUGAGUGGGAUCUUGAGGCGCCUGUUUCUGACUAUACCAUUCAUCUAAACACAAUGCAGGUCGAUCUCCUCUUGAAUGAAGCUACGAAGGGUACUGACGGUGAUGGCCCAAGAAUCAGCAAACAUGAUGCCGUGUUGGCACACGUUUGGACCUGCAUUGUGCGUGCACGUCAACUUGGGAAGGAUGACGGUCCUGUCCAUUGUGAUCUUGUGCUUGGCGUUCGAUAUGCUUUUAAGCUGGGUGAGAACUUUAUGGGUUCUCCGAUCAUCAUGAUGAAUGUUGAGCUGCCAGGCUCUGAGAUUGGCUACAAACAAUCAAGUAACGCCACCUCGGCGAUGGUUCCCAUCGCUCGAAAAAUUCGGCAUAUAAUCUCCACUGUCAGCGACCCGGCAAAUCUCGCAGAUCAUCUUCAUAGCGCGGCGUAUGAGAAGUCCCCUCAGCGAAUAUGGCAAGCAUUCCUUGGCCGGCGUCAUAUCCUGGUGACGACCUGGGCGCGUGCCGGCAUCUACGAUGUCGACUUCGGUCUUGGCUCGCGAAUACGAUACGCGGACGGCGUCGUGCCGAACCUGGACGGCAACAUUCUCAUCAAAGAAGCACCUCCAUCUUCUGGAGAAUUCUUGUCUGGAUCUCGGCCGUCUUGGACCGACAGCGGGGUGGAUAUCUCUGUUCAUAUUUGCGCUGAGGAUAUGGAGCGGUUGCUGAUGGAUCCUUUGUUACUGCCGCGCCUUAAUUAGACAUCUCCAGAUCUUUUUAGCCCAUCAAUAUGUCAUUAUAGACUAAAUACGCAAGACAUGAUUGUGUUGUCUGGCAUUUGGAUCUUUUAUCUCAGACAUAUAACGUGAGCCACGGGCAUAGCGGCC